GGGGUCCGAAAGUUCAGGAAUAUUUAGUAGCAUCCGAUACAAGUUCUCCCACGAUCUUGCUCCCUACCGCAAUAAUGUUCUUGCUGCGGCACAAUUUUGAAACGUCGCGCGACAUAGAGGUCGUUAACAAGUUUUCCGAUUUGUAGAUACCAAGAUGCCGUCCCCAACCAAAACUUACGGCCGCGCGCCGCCACCAGCGCACUUACCCACAGCCGGAUCUUCCGAGCAUGGCAUGAACCUUUUUCAAAAUAACUACCGCGUCUCUGGGCCUCCACCGAUGUUCCCACCGGGGUCGUCUUCUGCUGGGAACGGAUUGCGACCUUCUGGAGCUGGGUCUUCUGCUGUGGGCUCUGGUAUUGGUCUUGGUAUCGGAGUUGCGGCGCAAAACCGGUUUGCUGGUGGUGCUACAACCGGGCCUUCACCAGCGAAAUUUCUUUACAAUAGCAACCAGAACAUUAUUAAACCGCAACAACCGCAACCACAACGGCAAAGUACCCAACCACCUAUUACAACCACACAGCAUGAUCAUGAAACUUGCAAAGAGCCUGAGCAAACGUCAGAAGAAUUAAACGAGUUAGAUAUCACCCGUUCUCGAUGCGGCUACCCGGUCGAUUCUGCGGAAGAUGAGACGCAGGUCGUGGAGAACAACAAUAAGAAUAACAACAAUCCGAGACGGCAAUCCGUGACAAGUGUUACGAUUUCCCCGGAAAAAGCAGCAAUGCUUGCAGGAAGUAGCCAGGGAUUACAACAACAAAACAAGCCACAAGUGAUCGUCUCUCCCGGCGGCACCGCGAGACGUGUUUCGCAAAGUGACAACCACUAUCAAAUGCAAAUAUGUCUGGAUCUGGGAGACUGCGGGUUUUGUCAUGCUAGUCUGACAUGACUCAGAACUCUGUAUUGCGUGGCCGCGAAGAGCUCCUCUUGGCUGUCAUGCAGAAACGUAGUUUCUCAUGCGGAGUACGCAACUCAGAAGCACUGAAAAAUUUGUCAUGCUUGGCAGCGCAUUACAGUGUGCUCACUAUUCCCUUCCUUGCAUGACAGGUUUCCAGACAUCCAGGGAUAUUUGCAUUCCAUAACCACCAGUCCAUGCCACCGGCCUUGCCAAGUUUCAGGAGUCAUUUUCAACUGUUCGGAGGAUAUCAAAUGUAAAAAUGUCUGGGUCUGGAAGAAUGCAAGAUUUGUGAUGCAGGUUUUCCAUGACCCAUGAGGUCGGGAAUGCGAGACCCAGCAUGACAGAUUUCUUGAGGUCUCUAUCAUGCCUUUCCUGCAUGAGAAACUCCCCCUCAAGUUGGUCAAAAGCGGACAGCUUUUGGUACUCACGCAACACAGAUUUUUGCAUCAUUGAGAUUUAGCAUGACAAGUUGUAACCUUCCAGACCCAGACAUAUUUGCAUUUCAUAGAGGAGCUUCUGGGACGAGCAAUGUUGGCGCACCUCGUUCCGGGUUUAACAGCUUGAACUUCGCGGCUAAUAAUUUCCGAGGAAAUAGUACCGGACUAGUACACGACUUUGGACACCUACCCGGAUCUACUUCGGGUACGCACACCGUUCCCAAACCACAGCAGAUGACGAGUCAACAAAAUCCGGUUUCUAAUUCCCCAACUACCUACGACGAGGAUAACAGCAACACAAACCACUCCAUGACUGUCCCACGACAGCACGACUUUAAUAAUACUUUCCAAGGUAUAAACCGGGAUCAAACAAAAGACGCCGGCGCCGGGAGCAGCAGCGUCAGUGUCAGUCGCGGGAUCGUUCUUGGCACCGGAACUGCUUGUGCUAGUAGUCUCGGAGGACCAAACUGUCCACAACAAGGAGCAAAAAUUCUGGGGAACAACAGCAAAUUUCAGUCUCGCUUUACCAGCCCGCAGCCGCAGUUCACUUUCGGGGGAGGGUUUGUGCCGCAUCUCGGUGCAGCAGCAGGUGUAGCAGCAAGUUCAUCCAGUGCGAAAAACUCCAUGGUGGGGUCAAGUAGUGUCCGGAGUUUGUCCGUCGGGCCAAGGUUCGUGAACGACAAAACUUCUGCCACACAAGUAAAUCCAGGAACAACUGCGCCGGCUAUCGUGGUCGAAAAUCCACCGCCAAAUAACCCCCGAUCAGGUUUCCAGUUCGGUAGUCGGGGGUUUGGUUUGAACCUGGUAAAUUUCGGAACCACUAGCCCGGGACCACAGAACAAUGCGGUCUUCGAUCCAAAUUGCACCAGCUCUGGGAUAGUACAGCAGCAAAUAAAUUCUUCCUCCAACCCGCCGCCAAAAAAACGGUCCAGUUUCACUCUGAAUUUCCAGAACAGCUGGAUCCGGAACAUGAAAAUCCCCACUGCAGCGGGUUGUGCAGGAGCAGCAUCGUCCACCAACUCGAGGCUGCAACUCAGACCGGACAGGGUCAGCCACGGGCCGUCCAGUCCGACGCAGGUGGUUUCCGCGACGAUCGUACCGGCGGGCGGAGAAGUACUAACGCUCGCCCCAAUGUCGAAACAAACGUCUGCCGCGGAAGAUUUCCUGCAAUCGAAGGAAGAGCAGGAGAUGAAAAAACAACAUUUUUUACAGGCGACGAAAUUAACCCGAGAGCAGGUCCUUGGCGGUUCAUCAUCCGGCGUGCAGACGAAGAAGAAGGUCAUGAGCUCGAGUCCGAACAAAACGAGGAACGGAAUUACGGCGAACGCUGGUACUGCUAGAAGUACAAAUGCGGCGAAUCUGAAAGAAGUGGCGCGACAGAGGUUGGAGGAAAGAAGCAGCUCGCCGAUCAUUUCUUAUCAAAUGCAAAAAUGUCUGGGUCUGGAAGAACUUGUGAUGCUGCGCUUGGAUGUCUAAAAAAUUUGUGUUGCAUGAGCAGCAAAAGGGAUUGCUAAGCGGAGAGGGCAUUUUCCAUGCGGAAUAGGCAUCAAGAGCCCCUUAAAAAAAUUGUGAUGCUAGGGCAUGCAUCACAGACAUCAUGGCUCCUGCAAACCGUGCAUGACAAGUCUCAGAACCUUCCAAACCCAGACAUUUUUGCAUUUGAUAUCUCGUCGCCUUUGACGAUUGUGGAAACGUUAAAUCCGGAAUCCUUCGACAGCUUGAGACGGGAUUACAAGGAGUUGCAGGGGAGGCACCGGAGAUUGCAGGAUCGGUAGAUGAGAUAGUGGUUUGUUGAAAGAACCUGAUGAACCAUUGUCGUGUUUUCAUCUUGCGGUGUAAGAAUUGAUGUGAACAACAACAAUGUGAUUCCUUGCAUGAUAGCAGUAGAGCAGAAUUGCAGCUGCAAGGAGAUCAUGAUCCACCCUAAAUUUUUACAAACAAACGAAAAAAUCUUUAUCAGGAUCGGCAAACUAACCGUCGCCUACAAUUCUGCGCAGGAAAAAAUCGGGCAGGUCGAGCGGCAAAACAAAAUUUUACAAACCACUGUGGACCGGCAGAAGGACUUACUCGCGAGAGAACGAGCGAAAAACUUGGCGCUGCGAGCGAGAGACGUUCCCGUCGCUGGGGGUGCAAGGACGGCGCCAGCCACAAGACAGGCUAGCUCUGGUACUAUAUUCCAUUCAUCAUGGUGAAGAUCAUAGUUUGGCAUGCACAACAUGUAGGAUCAGCCUGAGAGAUGUGCUUUGUCAUGCAGAAAGAGCAUUACUAUAUUUUCCAUUUACACAAACAAUCUCAAUCAGAUAUCGCCGGCAACAAGACCAUGACCCGUGCGCGCGUGGUGUCACCGCAGUUGACCAAGACCCGAGUCAGAAUCGCCUCUCCUGCACCCAGUUCUUCGCCGGUAUAAUUUGAAUAGAGGUUUUUUUUUGUUGACGAUACAAUUGAAAAACUCACUUCUCUGUAUCAAUCUGUACAAUGCAAGUGCCUGCAUGACAAACGCAUUUUUAUCAAAUCUCUAAACUCAGCCCAAGCCCCUGAACUACAAUGCAUCUCGCACAACCGCCCAGAAGCACAGCACGACUGCGAGAACGACCGGCGGGGGUGUUGCGGUGCUUUCCACCGGGAAGAAAAUCAUUACCAAUUCGCAGAAGUCUUCGCCGAACAUUGUGGACCACAGCAGGGCGGAAGAAGAGGAAGAGGAAAAUGAUCAGAACAUCAGUGACGAUUCGGAAGAUCAUGCCGACGAUGAUUUAAAUGAGGAGAAUUACAUUACAGGAACCGCAGAAGACCAUAUCCCACGAAAAAACGGUUUCUCUGUGAAGAUGAUUUUGCAAGAUCCGCAUCACAAGUUUGUUACACAUGACACAGAAAAUUUGCCAUGCGCAUAAUUUUCUCAAGGGAAAACACGCUUGAAAAUCCAACGUCUUGCAGGUGCAGCAAGACAAAUAGUUCUGCGUUCCAUUUGCUGCAUCACAAGUUCACAGUGAAACAAUUUUUUCUUGCGAUAGAGCACUACAACCGACAGUCGAACUCCCCCAACGUCCCUCCGCCGGUUAUGGCGUUCUCGACUGUUACAUUCUCAACUGCUACACGAAUUUGUGAUGCAAGAAUGGCAAAAGUGAAAGAAAGGACCUUGCGCGUCUUGCAUGACAGAUUUGGCGCAGAGUCUUAGCCUUUUUGGCCGUCUGAAAAUUUGUUAUGCGAAGCAGCUUGAUGGCGUCGAUAGUCAAGGCAAUUUUGCAUGGCAAAUCAUGUAACAGUUGAGAAUGUAGCGCUUGAGAACCCCAUACCGGUCUCCGCACGGUUAAGGACGCGGGAGGAGAUUAGCAAGAAGCAGGGUGAACAUAAUCUGACCAGUCCGGCGACUGGGGGACGUGUCGCAUGUGGUGGUCCUGCUGGUCCACCACCAAUGUCUGCACGAGGUGGGGGGACAGCGACCAACCGGGCAGUAGUACCGAAGGAGGUGAAGGUGACAAGCAUCGUAGAAACGGCUGCGAGUCCCGAUCAUGUGGUUGAGUACAACCGGCCGAUAGAGCCGGAAGAACCUGUCAAGCAGAUCGAGAAGGUCGAAGUGAUUGACAAAACCGAGAGUUCUACAACUAGUGCGAUGAAAAAGAUGGAUGAAGACGCAAAUAUGGCGAUGGCGCUGCGGUUGCAAGCGCAGAUGCGCAAGGCGCUGGAGAAGAGCAGAUCUAGUCCGGGGCGGAUAGGGUCUUUAUCUACAAAUUCCAUGGUUCGAAACAGCACCCAAGACUCCACGUCCGCGCAAAACACGGCGUCUCUGGCGAAUAGCGGUUCAAAUCAUGCUGGUGACUCUUCGUCCGGUUCGGGUUCGGGGUCGAGUUGCUCGAAUUCGAUGGUGAACAACAACAGUAAUCGCAACAAUUUAACCAACAGUUCCUCUUCUAGUAGUUCGGCGUCGCAGAAUUCUGGAUCGAACUCGGGUAGUGGAACCAGUCACAGUUCUAUCCAAGGAAAGAACUACAUUGUUAGUGUAAGUUUGUGAUGCGCAACCGCAAUCUGCAAAAUGAUUGCGACUGUCAUGCCGGGCAUGCAUUGCAAGUGCGUUUUCACGUACAAUCUGCGCAUGAGAGGUUUUUGCUUCCAUGCCAGACAGAUUUGAUGUGAUGCUGUUCCUCCAAAAAAGUUACACCGACAAUCUUUUUUUUCCGGAUAAGUUCUUCAAGUUCCUCUUACAAGUCCAGCCCCCAGUCCCACAGCUCGGCUUCCUCUGCCGCGGUGCAGAAUCGGGUGUUGCCGGUUGACGAGAGUCAACAAAACAUCUCAUCGGCUUCCGCCAGCUCCGCUUCGAGUUCCGCCGCCUCUGGUUCAGCAUCUGCGAAUAGCCAGAGCUGCAAUAGUAGUUCAUCAAAAUACGCAGUCACGGUGAGCGAGUCUACUGCUCAACAAGCAAACUCUGUUUCUUCUGGUGCACAGCAGCAGCAGCCGCCGAUGUCUGCCAGGUCGAAUCGAAACAACAACUACACGACAACAUCAAGUGCGAAACCCUCCCCCGCAAUUUCAUCGAAGAGCUCCGGUGCAAUAAACAGAUCCAACCGGCAGACGCCGAAGCAGCAGGCAGUGAAAGAUCAGUCUGACGCGGAUCAGCAAUCCGACGUGACGCACAAAAACAGCAAUCUGCAGCAAUACGGAACAACAGCUCGCGCGUCCGCCACGAAGGGACGGGCCGAGGGGGUUGCGGCGUUGCGGGCCAAAUUCGGGGGGAACGCGAUCGUCAAAUCGAAUGUCAAGAACUACCACGGUGGCAUCGGGAACACGAAAAAAAUUUCCCCGACGGUGGGGCGGAAUAAUAAACCACAGCUAUUGAUGCAAAACAGCAACAACUCGAGCGGAAAGAAGAGCGCGAAGAUGAUGAAUAAAGAGGCUCUAGUAUUCCACCCCGAAACCAGAACCACGGUAGAUCAUGAGGACGAAGCGGCGGAAGGUUCUUCUUUUGCGAACAAGGAUUUAUUGCAGGAAGACACGGCCAAUAAGAUGAUCGUGACGACGAAUUCGGUGGAGGAGGAACCCAGGUCAUCGGAGCACAUCAACCCUAGCAGGAUGACGCGUAUUCUUUUGUUUCAUGCUGUUUUUGUUUUGCAUUUUUACGAAGCGAUGCCUUUUUCGGUAAACUCAGAACUACGGCGUGCUGACCCUCCUCGGGUUGUACUUGAAUACAUCCGUGACCAUGCAUGUUCAGAGGAACUACCCCCUAAAAAUUAUCCCCAACACCAGGUCAAGAUGAAGAUACCAGAGGCGCCAUGCUCGGGAUGAAUGCAGCUCCUGGCCGCGUGACUACAGAACAACAAGAUCCCCGUACUGGUCCCGCGGGAAAUUCCACAUCCGCCCCGCUGAAAAACUCCAUCAUCACGGGAGUGAACCUGCUGCCGCAAAACCAGAACAACUCCAGCAUCUGGCCGCCACCCCCAGCCCACCGGCAGUUCCAGCUGAGUUCGCAGAACUCCGGGCAAUUUGGCUUGUCCCAGUCGCUGGUGAGCCCGGGUGGUUUGUUUCAGCAGUGCUCGUUUUCCGUUCCGUUGGAUAACGACUCGAUUUUUCCGGAAGAUUCGGCAUCGAACGCCUGUUACCGAGCGAGCCCGACGGAAAGUGAGGCUGCGAAAUGGAUGAUGAUGCAAAAUCCGGCGGCUGGUGGAGCCGCGGGGAUGAUGACUACUACUGCUGCGUUUGGGCAGCAGCAGCAGAAAGUGGUGGGGCAGAACAAGGUACUUAAGUAAGUAUGUCUAUUCGAAACGGAAUCGAUUCGAUUUCAGGUCUUGUCACGCGUAGUAUUUGACGUACUUGAUGUAUGAUGAUGACGUGAAGAUAUGCUUGGUUGUACUAUGCGUAGAAAGAGAAAAACCUUUACAAACUACCCCAGCUCCCCGGCGGUCGCCAAUGGCCGCCCUUGCAAAUUGCGACCAACACGACCACUCCUGCGGCGCAACAGGACACCCGUCCGUCUGGGCAGGAGAUUCGAGAUUCGAUUCCGACCACACCGCUUUGGUUGAAGCAGCAGAACAAGAACGCGUCGGAUCCGAAUGCGGUGCCGUCUUGAGUGGUUUAUUGUUCCCAUGUAUGUGUAUCUAUACUGACAACUCGUGGAGAAUGAACUACUUCUUGAAUUAGAUCAAUAAACGUCCUGCUGUGCCUUAUUUCUUGUGAAUUCUUGAAAUGAAUCGACUUUGAUUGAACUUGAAGUAUGAUAUAGAUACUUUCUUUAUCAGGACAAGAACUACUUUAGCUUCUUUUACUCGUUAUCCCAUGCGUUCAUCUUUUUACCGCAUGCUGAAAUGUACGCAGAAUUGUUGAAAUUAUCGUUGACAUUAUCGGAUGAAUUUUAGUGAGAAUUGUUGAAGUUGUUUUUAUGGCGAAGGCGUCGUCAGAAUAUUGACUUCAAUAUGCCAGAUGACAUCAUGCGAAAUAAGAAGUUCUUUGCCGCCACGUCUUUUUUUCACCGUGAUUGCCCGUACGCCUGUUUUCUACGAACGUGCUGUUUUUAUCCUCAAAAACUCGUACUAUGGAGUACAAAUCUUUUUUCAACGACUUGUUUCUAUCACCAGCCGAAACUGGCUGUAUUACUAGUAACUCCGUUCUUUAUUACUGGACCCGUUAAUGCCUUUUCCUGAUGAUAAGUAUCAGCAUCAAAUUUCUACAACUUCACAUGUGCUGUCCCAUUUUAAUUCUUCAUGCACUUGAACUACCUAUAACCCCCGUAUGUAAAGACCGAUACCUCCUGUGCUACUUACCCCUCUUAAUUCGUGAUUUUCGCUGUAGCCUCCCUACUAUGAUGUUGUUUUUCGCCUUCACAGACGUUGGUUCUAGCUUUCGCUCAACAAUAAAUUUGUAUUCCCAAAUGAAUGAAUGUACAACGCAAAAAAAAGCAAUAUCAGUAAGCAAAUGCAAUGCGUAGAACUCUCACAGGCGAGAGUGCAAUCUCAUUUUUCUAUCGCCCCGUUGUACAAUUACA